AUGUGGAAGGGGGGUGAUGCACAUGUGCCCCACCAACCCUUAACUAGUUGAGCCUACUGCUCAUGGUUCUGCCUGACUAUGUUACUGACCUACUUGCAGGCCUAGUUGGCCACAGGUACCUCCUUUUUUAUAUAUUUUAUUUCUCUUUAUUUAUCUCAAAAAUAUGAUUAUAAAAAUUAUAUAAAUACACAUAAAAUUACAUAAUUAACUAAAAAAUCACAUUAACUAACUAAAAACUACUUUUCAUAAUUUAAAAUAAAUAUAAAUCUAUUUAUCAUGAUUUAAGGCUUAAACUAUAUCAUAAUUAAUUAUUAACUCAUGAUAAUGAAGACUUAUUAUACAUCUAGAGUGUAGCUCUUGUAGUUUAAAAGUUGUAAAAGUAUAAAAAUAAACUACAGUCAUGAGGUGACCUAGUUAGCUGAUCUAAGACAUACUAAAACACAUCAUAAAUGUGUCAAAUAUUUUCUUUCUUUCUUUUAGUAUGUGUUCUCAUGUUUAAGUUCAUUUUGAAUUUACUAGAACUAAACUUUUCAUUUAGGAAUGCUUAGAAGCUCUAGAAGCAAGAAACAUGAACUACAAUCAUGAGAUGACCUAGUUAGCUAAUCUAGCACAUAAUAAAAUAAAGAUGCCCUUGGUUUUGACACUUACAUUGAGAAAUUUAGGUAGCUGAUCUAGCACAUUAGUCAUGAAUGAGUUAUUACAUAUUCAUUCAAUCAUCAAAAUAAUCAUGAUUGUCUACAUCACAAGUUAAAUAUCUUUUACAAACAUUCAAAUGAUAUAUAUUCAUGAUUGAUGAAUAGAAUUCAAUUUUUUUGUCAUUAAGGUCAAAAUUCUUCUCAAUUAAAAAGAAUAUUUAUAUAUAUUACAUUUGAUUCGCACACUAACAAUAUAGAUUGUGAUGAAUUAGAUCAUCUCCACAAGGAAUAAGGUGAAACAAUAUAAUGUCUAAUAAGUUUUAGUGAAGGAUGGAAAAGGAUGAGAUGACAAAGAGAAGAUAGAGUAUCAAUGGAGAAGGAUCUAAUCUAUUUGUAACUAGAUUCUACUCUUAAGUUUUACCAAAAUUUGACUCACCUUGAAAUCGGCUUGAUGUGCAUUGCUUCCUUCUUGCUAUUCCUUGCCAUAAGAAAGUGCUAACUUGAGGAAGUGCGAGACAUCUCAUCUAGGGCAAAGUGAGGAUUAAAAUCUGAUGAAAGACACAUACAUCCUUGCAAUGUAGAUCUUGGGAACGCCCUUCUCCCUAAGUUGAUUAAAAAAUCAGUGUUCUUGAAAAAAAAAGCUACCUUGGGUUAAUAAGCUCCCCCAAAUGUAUAGGACAAAGCCCCAUCUUGUGUGAGGAAAACAGUUACAGAUAUGUUGGUAACUUCAUGCCUUCAGGUGUACUAUUAACUGCUCGCCAUUAGAUCAACAUGCCCUCAAUUGGGUGUCUUCUGCCAUCAGCCGUCGGAUGUGCAUCUAGCUAAAUUUGACACUUUCUGACUACUGCACAUAAUGAUUAGAUGAUUGUGCACUAGCCAUCAGCUGUGUUGUGGUGCUUGUGAUCCAGACCAUCCAAUCAAUCUAAAUCCUUGAUCUAGCAUGCCUUCCACCAUCAGCCAUGGGAUGUGCAUCUAGCUAAAUUUGACACUUCCUGACUGCCACACGUAAUGAUCAGAUGAUUGUGUGCCAACCAUUGGCUGUUGUAUGGUGUAUGUGAUCUUGUCCAUCUAAUUGAAAUAAAUCUUGAAAAAAUAUUUAGAAAAAAUCUAGACCAGAUACCAAGAUAGUGUUCCAAUUUAAACAAAUUGAUUCAUAGUCAAAUAAUUGUGAAAAAAAUUCAAGAAAAAAUUGAAAAAUUCGAAAAAUAUAGAUGAAUCCAUAGAAAUAAUAAAAUCAUGAAUUUAUUAUGAUAACAUGCUAAGUAAUGUCCAAAAAACCAGAAUUUAUUUUAUUUAAUGUAUAUUUCUAAGUCAUUCCUAGCAUAUUACUAAUGAUGUUUACUACAAUCCUAUGGCUAAUAGUGAAUUCAAUGAGUCACACCCUUAAUAUAUAUUUUUAUGUUUGAAAUAAUAUAUCAUAAUAUUCUUAAAAUAUAAGUGUAGAAUAAUGUGUCAACACGUGUGAUAGAGUGUAACGUAUAUUUCUUAAAAAGUAAAGUUACCUAUGAGAUUCAAAUGCAACACUUGAGUACUAUCAAAACAAAAGUGUUAAGAGUGGAGAAGGUCUGAAAAUUCAAAGGAGCAUACUGUCAAAUGUAAGAUUUCAACUUAAGAAGCAAGCUAUGCAAAAGUGAAAAAUAUGAUGUGGAGAUAUUUGAAUAUUAUACAAACCAAAGUGUUGGUGAAAUUUGAAAUCGAGAUCAAUAUAGUGCCACUAUGAAAAAGUGAUUAAAUAUUAAGUGUAAAAUCAUAGGAUUAGUGAUUGAAGUAGGAUUCAAUCUUUGGUCCUACAUGGUAGUUGAGCUAGAGCAUUGACACGAAGCUAUCAAGAAAGUAGAGAAGUCUUCAUCAUGUAACUUACAUGGUGAGACAUCAUAGUUUUAUGUGGAGAAAAUGACAAAAUAAAAUGACUAACCUCAACUCCAUGUUAAAAGUAAAAUCAUUCAUUGAAGAGUCAUGACUCUUCAUAAAGAAACUUUGAAGAUCAUUUGUCAAAAAUGUGUAUACUUCAAAGCAUAGAAGAACUCAUGAUUAGUUUCACACCCUAGAUAGUAACACACCAUGAGAGUUUGUAGACAAAAUUACAAGCUCAAUGAUAAUAUCCAAGCUCAACUCUGAAGAAAAAGAUGUUUGUUGAUCCAUUGAAAAUUUAUAAUCACAUUAUCAAACAUAAACUACAUAAGGGUAGAAAGAUCUGAGCUGAAGUAAGACCAAAGGUCAAAAACAUUAAUUUUGGACAAUAACUCGUCAACAAAAUAAGUGGAGUAAAGACAAACUAAAUGAUCUCUUCUAAAUAAAACUUUGAGAGAAAAUAUUCGUCAAUCAAUUACAAAUCUUCAAGCAAGAUAACAUGGACAAUAAAUGUUAGAGUGAAAAGCUUGAAAUUGUAAAUUAAUUUAUUAAUGCUUGAUUUUUAGUUAUGACUUUAUUUCAUUUAAGUAGUUUAUUGUUUUAAUUUGUAGAAGAAAAUAUAGUUGUAUAUAGUUAAUUUCGAAGGAGUUAAAAGAGUUAAUAUAUUUCUUGUUUUUAAAAAUAAAAAUAUUUAAUAUAUAUUAUAUUUAUAUUAAUAUUAAAUAUUAUAAUAUGUUAUAUUUUAUUUUAUUUUAAGGGGCCAUAGACAACCAUCCCCAUGGCCCAUGGCAUGUGCCUGGAUUGGGGACUUGUUCCCAAAAAAUAAAGUGUUAUAAUAUAUAUAUAACAGUUCUGCCGAAAAAUCCGAUGUGGGACCAAUGUGUUUUUUGUUAGUUCACGAUAGGUAGAUCUUGUGGCACUUAGCAAACCACAUUACCAAAUAAGGCAGAUGAUAAGUCUUCAUUAUCAUGAGUUAAUAAAUAGUAAAUAAUAUAGUUUUAGCCUUAACUCGUGAUAAAUAGACUUAUAUUUGUGUUAAAGUGUGAAAAGUGGUUUUUAGUUGAUUAAUGUGAUUUUUUGGGUAAUUAUGUGAUUUUAUACGAAUUUAUAUGAUUUUUACAGUCUUACUUUUGAGAUAAAUGAAGAAAAAGAAAUAAAACUAAAAUAUUGCAAAAUGGGGGGACCCGCUAGCCAGCCGGGCCUGCAAGCGGGUCGGAAGCUCAAUCAGGGAGUAGCUGCGAGCAGGGGCUCAAGCGGCUUGGACCGAUAGGGGCACGUGUGUGCCACUCCCCUUCCACGUCACCGGUGGCCAGCCGGCUGUGGGGCAAGGACUGGUCGUACACACGAGAGAAGGAACUUUGCUUAGAAAUGUAACAUUACUAUAUAUUCGCCCGAAAAAUUGGCGCACAACCGAUGUGGGACUAAACCCGUGUCACACCUUCCUCAGAAGGGGCCGACAACUAGUGUGGGUUCGAAUCCUCCUAGAGUCAAAAUUCAUAUAUUUUUAUCUGAUUAUCAUGACUUUCCUGCAGAUUAUCAGUGAAGGAUUAAGCAACGAAAAUCGCUGAAUCAUCGGCGAAAAUCUCGUCAACGCGAUUCGUGGAGCAUUGCUACUAAAAUUGCUGAACGAUUCGCGAUAAAAGGAUCGCGAAUCCAUCGAGUAAAUCAUCUCCAAUUGAUCGACGAACAAGCCGUCGUCGGGAAGAGGACGAUCCAUUGGGAGACGAGUCACCACCUCCUGAGAGCGUACCAGAUGCGAUGAAGAGCCUCCUCUUGCUGCGCGGACCUGAGGAUGAAGCUCCCUGACACGUGCCCCACCUCCAUCCAGCUCCUUUCCGUCGGGUGACAGCCAUUGGAGAGCCGCAAAGUCACCGUUUUUCUACUCCACGGGGUGACAGCUGCCGGAGACGACUCAACGACCCAUUUCAUUAAUCUCUAGACUUCGCAAGAAGAUCUAGAGAUUGCCCACGUCGUCCUUGUCCAAGGAGAGCCUUCGAGGCCGUGGACACCGCACAACGAUCCUCCCGAACACUCAGAAUUCCAAUGCAUCACCGACGCAUCCCGUCGCGACGUCGGAACUCUAUUUUCCUACUUUUAACUUACUUUACGCUUCAUUUAGUGAUACUUUUUGUGUUUUUAAUUUACCAAAAUGUAUUUUGUUCUAUUACGAUUCUUCCCGCUUUUACAGAUCUUAAUUUGAUUAAUUAAAUCGUCUGUAAUCACUUACGUAAGAAUCGCUGGGUGGAACUCUGUUUCCGCCCGAUUCGUGUUCGCCAGGCGCUGAUGUCAUCAUGACAUCCGCACCCUUAUUUCCUUUUUUUCAUGAAUUUAAAAUAUGUUUCCUUUUCAUUUCUUAGUAUAAAAUUCAUAGAAAAUAGUAUUCUUUGAGGAAAAUUCUGAAUAAUUACCAGAUAUUAUAUUACAUCUCUAUGAUCGACCUAGAAAAUUACCGCUAUUUUUGGAAUUUUUAUGGAAUUAUAAUUGAUAUAUUUAUUCAGAAAUACUUCUAAAUAUCCAAAAAUUCAUAUUUUCUAGUUUUAUAAAUUUUAUAUUUGUGUGAUUUAAUAUACAACGAUUAAGUCACAUCAAUAGAUCUCAUGGCAGGUGAACCACCAUGAUACCUGAAGUGUAAAGCAUCCCAUCAACAAUUUGUGAAUCUUAUGUCUCUUCGCACGCAUGUGACCAGAAAGAGUGAUUCGAUGACGAGUGAAGCACCACGAUACUAGAGACUUAAGUUCUCAGUCAGCACUAGUUCGUGGUAGGUUAAUCUUAUGUCGCUCAAUGUCACAUGUGACCAAGCGCACCUAACCUAGCAACAAGUGAAGCGUCAUACCUAUUCUAGUUGAAAGUGAAGUGCCACGAUACUAGGAACUUAAGUUCUUGCAUUGAUAGGAUCAUAGGAUGUAAUGAAGAAUCUUCCACUCAUGAAAAUCAACUCAAGUCAGCAAAGGAUAGACAAUCAGAGGCUCAACCUUUGAGGUCACCCUUUUCAAGAAGAAGUGCCAGAAUCAAGGUUCUUCCACCUUGACGAGUUCAUCUCCAAGUCAACUAGUACCUUCCUCCACCCUCCCUUUGCUCUCCCCACCCUUUCAUUUAUUCUCAUUAUUAUUUUAUUAUCUUAUUCUUUCUAUUUAUCAUUUAAACCCUUUUUUUCCUCUCUUCAUUUUUUUAAAAAUUAUCCAAAUAUUUCAUGGACCUCAACUACCUAACCUAGACCUCUUGUUUUCUUGAAUCAUCACUCAUUAGAAAUUCCUCAACAAGGCUUGUGGAUCUCAAGCCACUAGAAUCAAGAAAAUCACUCCUUUGGCAAGGUACGUUGAUUUCAACUCCCUUAGUGAAGUGAUCAUUAUUUUUAAAUCCUUGCUCCUUAUAAGAAUUGAGUGAACCAUAGGUUAGCCCUCUUUGUGCCUUUUAUUGGUGAUUCUAACACCCUGGUUGAAAUUUUAUCUGAAUCCUUGAAUGUGCGGUUCUUCUUAGGUAAUUACGAUCCUAAUUCUUCUAAAUGAAGAGGAUUAGCUUACUGAUAAUCUUCCUUAAUUUAAUCAAGCGUAAUCUUAAAUCCCAACCUUCUAUUCGGUAUUGAUAUUUCUCUUUGGUCUUCCCUCAUUGGUAUCAGAGCUAGGUUAAUUACCUAACAAUCUAGGAUUAUAAAGAUUAAUCUUUUUCUUUGCAUUGUGCUUAGAUCAACCCUCCUUAAAGAUGCAUACUAGGUCAGGUAAUAUUUAUCCUCCCAAGGAAGGAGAAAACAAUCACCCUAUGAAUGAGCCUAUUGACGUGACUCAGUCGUUGUAUAUUAAAUCACACAAAUCUAAAAUUUAUAAAACUAGAAAAUACGAAUUUUCAGAUAUUUAGAAGUAUUUCUGAACAAAUAUAUCAAUUAUAAUUUAAUAAAACUUCCAAAAAUAGCGGUAAUUUUUCAGCUCAAUCACAGGGAUGUAAUAUAAUAUCUGGUAAUUAUUCAGAAUUUUUCUCAAUGAAUACGAUUUUCUAUGAAUUUUAUACUAGGAAAUGAAAAGAAAAUAUAUUUAAAAUUCACAAAAAAGGGAAAUAAGGAUGCAGACGUCAGGAUGACAUCAGCACCCGGUGAACGCGAAUCGGGCAGAAACAAAGUUCUGCCCGGCGAUUCUGACGUAAGUGAUUACAAACGAUUUAAUUAAUCAAAUUAAGAUCUGUAAAAACGAGAAGAAUCGUAAUUGAACAAAGUAUAUUUUGGUAAAUUAAAAACACAAAAAUUAUCACUAAAUGAAGCGUAAAGUAAGUUAAAAGCAGGAAAACAGAGUUCCGAUGUCGCGACAGCGAUGCGUCGGCGAUGCACCGGAAUUUUGAGUGUUUGGGAGGAUCGUCGUGUAGUGUCCAUGGCCUCGAAGGCUCUCCUUGGACAAGGACGACGUAGGCAAUCUCUAGAUCUUCUCGUGAAGUCUAGAGAUUAAUGAAAUGGGUCGUCGAAUCGUCUCCGGCGGCUGUCACCCGGCGGAGCGGAAAAACGGCGACUUUGUAGCUCUCCGGCGGCUAUCACCUGACGGAGAGGAGCUGGAUGGAGGUGGGGCGUGUGUUAGGGAGCUUCAUCCUCAGGUCCGCGCAGCAAGAGGAGGCUCUUCAUCGCAUCUAAUAUGCUCUCAAGAGGUGACGACUCGUCUCCCGACGGAUCGUCCUCUUCCCGACGACGGCUUGUUCGUCGAUCAAUCGGAGAUGAUUUACUCGAUGGAUUCACGAUCCUUUUAUCGCGAAUCGUUCAAUAAUUUUAUUAGCAAUGCUCCGCGAAUCACGUUGACGAGAUUUUCGCCGAUGAUCCAGCGAUUCUCGUUGCUUAAUCCUUCAUCGGCGAUCUGCAGAAAAGUCGCAAUAAUCAGAUAAAAAUAUAUGAAUUUUGACUCUAGGAGGAUUCGAACCCGCGCCGGUUGUCCGCCCCUUCUGAGGAAGGUGUGACGCAGGUUUAAUUCCACAUCGGUUGUGCGCCGAUUUUUCGGGCGAAUAUAUAGUAAUGUUAGCUUUCUUAGCAAAGUUCCUUCUCUCGCAUGUACGACCACUCCUUGCCCCACAGUCGACUGGCCACCGGUGACGUGGAAGGGGAGUGGCACACACGUGCCCCUAUCGGUCCAAGCCGCUCGAGCUCCUGCUCAUAGCUACUCCCCGACUAAGCUUCCGACCCGCUUGCGGGCCCGGCUGGCCGGCGGGUCCCCCCAUUUUGCAAUAUUUUUAUUUCUAUUUCUUGUUCUUCAUUUAUCUCAAAAGUAAGAUUGUAAAAAUCAUAUAAAAUCACAUAAUUACCCAAAAAUUCACGUUAAUCAACUGAAAACCACUUUUCACACUUUAACACAAAUAUAAGUCUAUUUAUCAUGAGUUAAGGCUAACACUAUAUUAUUUACUAAUUAUUAACUCAUGAUAAAGAAGACUUAUCACCUACCCCUUCUUGGGCUAAAAUAUUUUUAGGUAAGAUAGAAAACCUUAGCCUUAAGGUCGAAGAUUGCAAUCAAAGGGUGUCAUCUAUAGAAUCUCAAAGAAUUUCAUCUAG